UCGAUGCAGCUUCGUGCGGCGGCUUUGAUUUACUAAACUGCACGCUGUAGCGUUAAGAAGAGUCCACGAAGUGGCAGCUGUCAUUCAGAUGUGACAUCCGGUGUAAAACGUGUGUGUGUGUGUGUGUGCGCGCGUGCGUGCGUGUGCGCGCUGCUGCUGCGGUCGCGUAAACAGACGGGCCUGCUUCUGCCUAAACAGGUGCUGUAAACAACCCGCGCCUGCGUGACGUGCUGCGACUUCUCUGCAAGUAACAGGACUGUGGAUUCACAAAGCAGCCAACAUACGUGCUGCAUACAUCUGCGUGUUUUGGGGGGUUGAGGGGAUGUCAGAGAGGCUGUAGGUUAUUUCCGUGCUCUGUUGAGGUUGAAGUCCCUCGGAUGACAUCAUCAUCAUUGCAGGAAUGCAUUGAUCAGCUGUUCCCUAACGUGAAGAAUAUAGAUAUUUUUGGGGUCAUCAGCCAGCAGUAGUCUCUGUCGAGCUGUUUGCCAGAGCGGAGGGACAUUCCUGCAGUCACUAAAGGCGUGAGGGCCACCCGGGGUUUGGGGGCCCUGGCUCUAUAAACAUUGUCUUUGCCUGCAGAAUUGUUCCUGUAAGCAUAGCCAGUUUUGCACAGCAACGCAUCUUUUUUUGUUCUACCUUGUAUGAACUAAACUUGACAAACGGGAUCUCCUUGUCUCUCGCCACUGGAGCUCCAUUGACGUGUUCUCCUCUUACUGUUGAAUGGAGCUCAUUAGGAUUCCUGUCCAGUAGAGCGGGCGGGACAGCCAAGUACAAUCUUUAAGUCUAACAGCCAGCCUGUUUCUUUUUAACCCCUGGAUUCUUCACAGAGCUCUUAUUAUCACGUGAGACGCGACAGGAAGUUGUGAACUUGUGAAAUCCCACUGUGGUGAACAGAUUUGGGCUGCACAAGCUUUUGCAGUGCAAUUAAAAAUUAUUUAAAUAAGAAAGCACUGUCUAUUUACCCUUGGAUGACCUUUUCUCUCGCUCUCUUCUAUCCCAUUCUCCCUCCCAGCCAGCCAAUACAGACAAGUAUGUAUCCAACCGGAGGGAUAUCUUCAGCCAUACAGGCCAACAGGCUACGAGCUGACGGCAUGGGCUCCAAGGAGCAGGCGGUGCUCUUCUCCAACCAGGACUACGAGACCCUGAAGCAGGAAUGUUUGGAGUCCGGCUGCCUGUUUGAAGACUCCUGUUUCCCCGCCGAGCCUCCAUCACUGGGCUUCAAGGAGCUCGCCCCCUAUUCCUCCAAAACUAAGGAUGUGGUGUGGAUGAGGCCCUCGGAACUGAAUGACGAUCCUCAGUUCAUCGUGGGUGGGGCCACCAGAACUGACAUCUGUCAGGGAGCGCUAGGCGACUGCUGGCUCUUAGCUGCUAUCGGCUCUCUCACCCUCAACGAGAGGCUUCUUCAUCGGGUUGUCCCUCACGGCCAGUCCUUUCAAGAUGACUACGCAGGAAUCUUCCACUUUCAGUUCUGGCAGUUCGGCGACUGGGUAGAUGUUGUGAUAGAUGACAGGCUGCCUGUCAAAGACGGCGAGCUCAUGUUUGUCCAUUCUGCUGAGGGCAAUGAAUACUGGAGUGCGCUCCUGGAAAAAGCUUACGCCAAGCUGAGUGGCUCCUACGAGGCUCUGUCCGGAGGAAGCACCACUGAGGGGUUCGAGGACUUCACAGGGGGUGUGUCUGAGAUGUACGAGCUCCGCAGUGCUCCCAGAGACCUGCACAGGAUAAUAGGCAAAGCCCUGGAGAGAGACUCUCUGCUGGGCUGCUCCAUCGAUAUCACCAGUGCCUUCGACAUGGAGGCCGUUACAUUCAAGAAGCUGGUAAAGGGCCACGCCUACUCGGUAACCGGAAUGAAGGAGGUCCACUUCCGCGGCAACAUGGAACGCCUAAUCCGGAUACGUAACCCUUGGGGUCAGGUGGAGUGGACCGGUGCCUGGAGUGACAAUUCUCCUGAAUGGAACGAGAUUGACCCGUCUGAACGAGAAGACCUGCAUCUGAAGAUGGAAGACGGGGAGUUUUGGAUGUCCUUCAGUGAAUUCAAGAGGCAGUUUUCUCGGCUAGAGAUCUGCAACUUGACUCCUGACACGCUGAGUGAGGACAGUCUCGGCAAGUGGCACACCAUGAAGUUCUACGGCGCUUGGAGGAGGGGCAGCACUGCCGGAGGCUGCAGGAACAGUCCCAACACGUUUUGGAUCAACCCUCAGUACAAGAUCACGCUGCUGGAGGAGGAUGACGACCCGGAGGAUGAUGAGGUGGCGUGCAGUUUUUUAGUAGCCCUCAUGCAGAAGGACCGCCGCAGAUAUCGGCGCCAUGGUCAGGACAUGCACACUAUUGGCUUUGCUCUUUAUGAGAUUCCAGAAGAGUACAGAGGCUGCCAGAAUGUCCACUUGAAGAAAAAUUUCUUCUUGAGCCAUUCGUCUUGCGCUCGCUCCGAGACCUUCAUCAACCUGCGAGAGGUGAGCACGCGGCUCCGCCUGCCCCCCGGAGAGUACCUCAUCGUCCCCUCCACCUUUGAGCCCAGCCAGGAGGCCGACUUUGUCCUCAGAGUCUUCACUGAGAAGCAAUCAGAAACGGAGGAACUGGAUGAUGAAAUCUCUGCCGAUUUAGGAGAUGAUGAUGUAAUAACUGAGGACGACAUCGAUGACUCCUUUAAGUCCAUGUUUGCCCAGCUAGCAGGAGAGGACAUGGAGAUUUCUGUUCGUGAGCUUCGGACCAUUCUAAACCGAGUCGUCUGCAGGCACAAAGAUCUAAAGACCGACGGCUUCAGUGUGGAGUCAUGCAGGACCAUGGUCAACCUGAUGGAUAAAGAUGGUAGUGCCCGUUUAGGGCUUGUGGAGUUCCAGAUCCUCUGGAAUAAAAUCCGAAAGUGGCUGGUCAUCUUUCGAGACUUUGACCUCGACAAGUCAGGGGCCAUGAGCUCAUAUGAGAUGCGUCUUGCUGUGGAGGCUGCGGGUUUUAAACUGAAUAACCGACUCAACCAGAUUCUGGUAGCCCGGUAUGCGGAGAACGAGAUGGUUGACUUUGACAACUUCAUCUGCUGCUUGGUCAAGCUUGAAGCCAUGUUUAGGUCUUUCCAGCAGUUUGACAAGGAAGGAUCAGGAGAGGCUGAAAUGAAUGUCACAGAGUGGCUUUACCUGACCAUGUGUGGUUGAAGAGGGAGUUAUUCACCGGAGUGAGAUGUAGAGUGAAGGCCCAGUGCCUGCAGAUAGCAACGAGAACCAGAGAACCGACGAUCUGUCAACCUUAGGAACCUUUAAAACCCCCUCGCCUCCCCCUCAGCGUACGUGAAACAUAAAAAUAUCUAUAUAAUGGCAAGCAAAGUCCAAUCAAGCCACUUUUAGAAACUAUGCAAACCACCAGUCAGUGUGCCACAUAGAUCGGUCUCCACUGUAAAAGCGGCAUGUCUCUGACCCCGUGCAUGACACAAAUCACUAGAUGGAAUAUUGUUUCAAGUAGAUUUAGCAUUUCUACAUUGUGUUCUCGCUGUCCGUAUGGUUAGCAACUAAUUUACUAACAAUAAUUUCACUGUCAUUAACUCACUUCAAACUGUUUUUGCCAAGGAAUACAUAGAAGAAAUCUAAAUAAGCCUGUUGCUGUAAUGAUGCUUUAAAAUGUAAAGUCUUAUAGUUUCUCUGCACUUGUUUGUAGUUUGUUCUAAUCUUAAAACAAAAAGAUUAAGAAAUGAUCAACUGUGUUGAAAUGGUUGUUGCACGAUUUGACCUGUAGGAGGCAGGAAAGAUCUUAUUUCAAAUUUAGUCUGUUAUAUUACACAAAUAUUUUGGGGAUUAUUUUGGUUUUGUUUGUAUUUUGCACUGAUAUUUUAGUUUAAAGAUUCUCAUGAAGUUGCCUGACCUUUUUGAGAAAUACUAUGCUUCAGUCCACUCACGUGACAUUAACAGGGAUAACAUACUAAAUGCCUCAUACGUCACACCAUGGAGCUAAUAACGGUAUGUCUGUCAUGUGUUUUUUGUAGUGAAUGUAUAUUGUGCCUUCAAUAAAAUACUCCCCUAGCAGUUCA